AUGAAAUUCGCUUGUUGUAAAUCAACGACUGAGGGUACGACUGGAUCUUUACAAUGUACUCAAUGUAAAUUGAAUUAUCAUGUGGCGUGCUUAUUUCCUUCUGAUAGAAAAAAGGCUUUUAGUGCGGAGUUUAAACACUCUUGGCUUUGCCCUGGUUGUUCGCUUAAUCAACCCAGGUUGGUGAAAAAUGAUAACACUCCUAUCAGGCCCGGCACAGAAAAUGUAAAUGCUCGCAGAGGUGGUUCCUGCGCUGAUUCUCCUCCACCGUCUGCUAAUUAUGAGAUAAACCCUACGUUACUGGAUACUGUCAAGGAUAUAAUAGCCUCCGAGAUGGCAAUGCUUAAAUCUGAACUGCGAGAAGCCAUUACUGAGGCUAUUUCAGUGGAACUUAAGCCAGUUAGAGAUGAGCUCGCUGUAAUCAGGGAAUCCAUGAAUUUCAUCAAUAGCCAAUAUGAGACAAUUGUGAAGCGUGUAGACGAUCUUGAGAAAAACAUGAAAUCGUGCAUCAAUAUAAAAUCUGAACUUGGUUCCAUUAAGGAUCACAUUGACAGUGCGGAAGUGGAUAAUGACAAGCGGGAGCAGUGGGUUCGGCGGUCUAAUGUAGAGAUUUUUGGCAUUCCAGAGAGGAAAGGAGAGAACUUAAUGCAAAUUCUUAGGGACGUUUCUAGUAAAGCGGAAUUUUCACUUGAUCCAUCUCAAGAUAUUGAUUUUGUUACUCGUGUAGCCCCUAAGAAUAAUGAUUCUAAAAAAAUUAAACCUAUUGUUGUUCGUUUUUUGGCACGCUGGAAGAAGGAUGAAUUUUUGUCGUCUACUAAAAAAUUAAGGCUUAAAUGUACUGACAUAAAUAUUUCUGGUGACUCUUUUAUUCACUUUAAUGAUCACUUAACCCGCACUAAUAAGGCCCUUUUGCAGCGUGCUAAGUCUAUUUGUAAGGAAAAACUGUAUAAAUAUGUAUGGGUCAAAAAUUGUACUAUAAAUGUUCGCCGCUCUGAUACGUCACCUGUGAUACAUAUAUCUAGAGUAUCUGAUUUAAACAAGAUCAAGUAA